UGAGUAAUGCUGAAGGUAAUAAAGUCAGUGGGCUGAAUUGAAACUGAAGCCAGACGAAAGAAGACGUGGAAGUAGUGUUACAGUUUAGACGAAAAGGAACAAUAUGGAGUAGUCUGACAAAUAUUUUCUGUUGUUAUUUCGGGAUUAUUAAUAAUGGACGUAGCGAAACUGAACGAGUAUGCACAGAAAAAUCGCUUAAUUCUGGCUUAUGAGGUUGAAUCUGUUGGUCUUGCUCAUCUGAAAACAUUUACCACCAGAGCAGUCCUGAAUGGCAAGGCGUAUCCUGAAGGUGUGGGGAACAACAAGAAGGAAGCCAAAGAGAAAGCAGCUGGAAAUGCCCUGAGAGCCUUGUUGGAGGAGCCAAAUGACUCUACUGGAGAUGUCGCAUCAAGUCAACAAGAAGCGGAACUGAAUCAAAGCGUGUCAGACGUCAGUGAUGGGAUAAGGAGCUUGAGUGUGACAUCUACAGGCGGAGGUUUAAAAGAGAUAAAUUAUAUAGGAAUGGUCAACCAAUACUGUCAGGAAAGGAGCCAAUCCCCUGCUUACGUUUUAGAGAAAAGGAUUGGUCCAGCACAUGACCCUCAGUUUUUCUACAAAUUAACAAUUGGCAAUAAGGUCUACCCUGUGAGUCAGGGUAAGAGUGCCAAGGAGGCCAAACAAAAUGCAGCUCAGCUGGCCUGGUCGGCUCUUCAAGGCUGGGACAGCAAGACUGGAGAUGGUGCUUCAGGUCAACAAGUAGAGGAACUGAAUCAAAGUGUGUCAGACAUCAGUGACGGCCUGAGGAGCUUGAGUGUGGCAUCUACAGGCGGAGAGACAAAUUAUAUCGGAAUGGUCAACCACUACUGCCAGAAAAAGAGCCAAUCCCCUGCUUACAUCUUAGAGAAAAAAAGUGGUCUGGCACAUGACCCUCAGUUUUUCUACAAAUUAACAAUCAACAAUAAGGUCUACCCUGUGGGUCAGGGUAAGAGUGCCAAGGAGGCCAAACAAAAUGCAGCUCAACUGGCCUGGUCUGCUCUUCAAGAACAGUCAGACUGGGACAGCAAGGUGUCCGUCAGAUCAACAGCAUCAGAAGAUGGUGAAACAUCGGUGUUGUCGACGUCUUCAGCUGCUCUGGACUCAUCACAAAGUACAUCAACAAGUGCAAGUGGCUCAAUAGUAUUCACGGAUUCAUCAAGCCCUUCCAAGGCUCAGAUUCCGUUAAGGUCAGCUGUGUCUGAAGAUAAUGCACCAUCCAAGUUGUCAAAUUCAAUGGAGUCUUCUGCAUCAUCACAAAGUAUGUCAACCAGUACAAGUGGCUCUGGAAUGUUCACUGAUUCAUCAAACUCUUCCAACGAUCAGCAUUCUGCCAAAGACAAGAACAUGGGGAAUAAUCAGAAUGAGACAUCCAUCCAAUCAAGGUUUACUUCAGACUUUGAUUCCAUAAAGCGUCUUGGCACUGGAACCUUUGGUGAUGUUUACAAAGCAAGAAAUAAACUGCUGGAGAAGUACUUUGCUGUAAAGAUUGUCUGCUGCGAAGAGAAAGCUCUUCGAGAGGUGAUGGCGUUAUCAGACCUUCUCCACCAUAACAUUGUCAGAUACUACACAGCUUGGAUGGAGGAUUCAGGAUACCAAGGCUAUACUGAGUCAGUUGACAGUUCAGUGAGCAGCUACGGCUCAUCCUGGUCCACAGAUAACUCAUCAGCAAAGCACCUCUAUAUUCAGAUGGAGUUAUGCAACAACAAAACACUUAAAAAGUGGAUUGAUGAAAAGAACAAAGAGCCAGACCCCAAGAGAAGAGAGGAAAGUCUGAGCAUUGCUCAUCAAAUUGUUAGUGGAGUGGAAUUUAUUCACUCCAAGAAGCACAUCCACAGGGACCUGAAGCCUGAGAACAUCCUGUUUGGACUGGAUGGAAAAGUGAAGAUUGGGGACUUUGGUCUGGUCACCACAGAUGAUGAUGCUUUGAUGGACAGAACAGAGGGAAAGGGAACUCCAUCCUACAUGGCUCCUGAACAGAGGGAGAGGACCUAUGACCGAAAAGUCGACAUAUUUCCCCUGGGGUUAAUAUACUUGGAACUUCUUUGGAAAGUUUCCACCGGACACGAAAGAGGAGUUGUUCUGAAGGAUGCCAGAGGUCAGACGCUACCCAAAGACUUUUCACAGAAAUUUCCCCAAGAGAACCUGAUCAUCAAGACAAUGCUGCAUCUGAAGCCAGAAGAGCGACCUGAAGCAAGUCAGCUGAAGGCGGAUCUGGAGAAGUGGGCUCAGAAAGUCAACGCACAAAAUGUGCGUCAGGAAAAUGCCACCAUCGUUUUACAAUUCUUCAUUAGAUUCUAUAUGAAUGCCGUGAUCAAUGGUCAACGCUUUCCCAUUGGUGUUGGGUAUACCAAAAAUCAGGCCAUGCAGAAUGCAGCUAAAGGUGCCCUGAGAAGUCUGAACGACAAGGAAAAUCAGAGACCAGUGACAGAAAAUGCUGCAAAAAAUCCUACAGCACCAGUUCAUCAGAAACGUGUGAAAAAAGGCAGUUUGUUCACUGAAUAUGGUCAGAAGGGCAGAGUCAAUGUGAAGGCUGUGCAAUCACCCAGACCAGAACCAAAUAAGGCUGCUCUCUUCAUGGUUGAUGAUGAGAAGCCAGCUGCCACUGGGAAAACAAAGGGGGAAGCCAAGGAGGAAGCAGCCUCAGACAUUUGUGGCAUUACAGAUGAGCUCUCCUGGUUAGCUAUAUCUGAUGAUGGUGCAGCUGCCAGACCAUCCAUACCACAAACUGCACUUUCAUCAGCUCUUCCCAAGAAUCAGGAACAAAACCCUGUUGUGAAGCCUAAAAUCCGAAUCUUCCAAGAUGCCCUUCAAAGCAGCACUGAGGAUGCAAUAAUUCCUGAAAAUCUGAAAAAAAGAAGCAGUCCCAGUGAGAACACAGCAAGCAAAUUACAAAUGUUCAGGUCUACAUCAGAAUUUGAUUGCAUAGAGCUCCUCGGCAAAGGAGCCUUUGGUCAUGUUUUUAAGGCCAAAGAAAAACUGACGGGAAUGCAUUAUGCUGUAAAGAUUGUCCUCUGUAAAGAGAUCAAAAAAGCUCUACGAGAGGUGCAGGCAUUAUCAGCCCUCGCUCACUGUAAUAUUGUUCGAUACCACACAAGUUGGAUUGAUGAGUCGGGACACCAGUGGGACAGCACAGAUGACAGUUGCAGUUCUACACAGUAAGCCACAACCACUUAUUUCAGUUGGCAGGGAUACUAAGUGAAGGUGUCUUUAUUUGUCAUUUUUCCCUUUUCUAGGUCCUCCAUCGAUAAUCCAUCAGUAAAGUACCUCUAUAUCCAGAUGGAGCUGUGUGACACCAGAACACUGAGAGUGGUGAUAGACGAGAAGAACAUGCAGAAUGUGAAGAAAUCUCCGCGAGACUCAAAGAGAAGAGAAGAAAGUCUAACUAUUACUAAGCAAAUAGUCAGCGGAGUGGAGUACAUUCACUUCUGGAAAUUAAUCCACAGAGACCUGAAGCCUGCCAACAUCAUGUUUGGCAAAGAUGGAGGAGUGAAGAUCGGAGACUUUGGUCUGGUCACUGAUGGGAACGAUGACGAUGCAGAGAACCUGGUGGAGAGAACGGUUUGCAAAGGAACCCCUUCAUACAUGGCUCCUGAGCAGAAGUGCCAGAGGAAUUAUGACCGAAAAGUUGACAUAUUUGCUUUGGGGUUGAUAUUCUUCGAACUUCUUUGGAAAAUUCCUACUGUUCACGAAAGGCUAAAGAUUUGGGAGUGCCUCAGAGAACAGAAAUUUCCUGAAGGGUUCCACGACAAGUUUCACCCGGAGUUUUUCAUAAUAAGGCCAAUGCUGUGUGAGAAGCCAGAAGAGCGACCCGAAGCAAGUCAGCUCAAGACAGACUUGGAAGAGUGCUCUCGUAGAACCAACACUCAGGAAAUUGUGCGUCGAGGCGUCAGAACCGUCUGAUUAUCAAAAAGGGAACAUGCUAAAUAUUGUGUGUUGUGCAAUGCAUGCCUGAAAAUUUUUAAAUAAUGUAUUUCUGUGUUUUUAUAUUACACCUGAUGGUGUUUUGCACAAAAAAGAUUGUGCAUUUGUAUGUCUUUUUUUAAAACUUUGUUAAUGAAAAUUUUUAAAUGAAUGAUUGAUGAAAAGUAUUUUAUAUGCUACUGCCAGUUGAUUUUAGAGUUGUGAAUGUGCCUCCAGCCACUAGAUGGUGACUCUGAGUAACUCUAGUACUUUUUGAGGCAUGAGUACUCGAAUAAGAACAUUUCUGUGGUUAUCCAUUUCUGUGGUUAUCCAUUUCAGUUACAAGAGAGAAAAAACCUGCUGAUAAACUGUAAAGAACAUGCUUUUGUUGUUGCUGUCAAGGAAUAAAAUCACUGCCAGUUUAACUACA